CUAUGGCAACAUUAAAUUGAUAACAGAGCGAGCGUUGCCACUGCCAGGUCAGGAUAGUUUGCCAGAUGCUUGCCAGAUCAUCCAGAUGUUUGCCAGUUUGGUAAUUGGUUCUGGGCGACACUGCUAACAGAAGUCAGUUGUCAUUUACGUCCGUAUCACGUCAUUCCAUUCUUAAACCGAGUCACUACUUCAAGUACUUCACUAGUGUCAACUUCAGUUCGAGUGAGACAAGAUAAACGAGCUCCAAAAUACCGGAAACCAAAACCAAUGUCCGGUAAUCAAUUAGAAUCCGGAGCUCAAGUAGCAUCGCAACAAUGGCUAUUUACGGUAGCUGUGCCAACUAUCGAGCCCAAAGAAAAAGUAUUUAUUACGGGAAGUAUUCCAGAACUUGGCGAGUGGGAUCCCAGCAAGAUAGUUAUUCUUGAUCAUAAAGAAAACACAGAUUUAUGGUCUAAAACUGUAACUAUACCUAACACUUGUGAUGUGCUGUAUCGCUACGGUAAAUGUAUUGUUGGUAAUGAUGCAGAUGCAAAUAGUGUCAUAAUUAGGCAAUGGGAAAUUCAUAUACAACCUCGAGUUAUCAAAGAAACUGUCCUGCAUCCUUUUGUGGAUACAUAUGGUGAAUCUGAAGGUAAACAAAAUGUGUCUGCUGGUUGGCUCACAACUCAGACAUUACUGCAGUUUAAGUUCAUGAAUAAUCCUUUAAAGUUGAAGGGCCGCUUGGCUGAAAAGAUUUUGAAUAUUAAAGUGACUCCAGUGAAGUUAUCAUUUGAGACAACAGUUUUAGAAGAGACAUCCCUUAGUACAGAUGGAACUGAUCUUGAUUUGCCUACCGGAGUGCUAGUAGAUGUCUCUACACUGGAUAAUGAUCCAUCUGUUUGUGUCCUGAAGACACAAGAACAGUUUGGAAGACAAUUUAAACCCAGUGAUGUGCUGAUUAUUAAUAUCACAGCUCCAGAUGUGAAAGCUCUUGCAUAUCUAGUUGAUUUUUAUGCAUACAGCAGUCGUGCUGGGUCUGAGGAUCCUCCAUGCCAUGUGGGCUACACAUAUAUACUGCCGAACAUGUUCAAACCAUCAGAGGGCUCCUUACAGCUGCCUGUUACAUGCAAUGUGAAACAUCGCCCUUUAGGGGUAGCAUACAUUGAUUAUUUGAUUGUGAAGCCUAUGCCACAACCAUUGUGUAAUUUACAAGUAACACAUGCAAAAUAUUGGAAUCCAUCUUGGACUGGUCUAGAAGUUGGACAUCGAGGUUUAGGUGCUAGUUUUAAAACAAAAGAAGGAAAUCCUAUUCGUGAAAAUACUAUAGCAUCCCUAAAAAAAGCAGCUGCAAGUGGUGCAGACUUGCUAGAGUUUGAUGUUCAGCUAAGCAAAGAUAUGAUACCAGUUAUUUAUCAUGAUUAUUAUGUAUGUAUAUCGAUGAAAAGAAAGAGGGAAGUUGAGUUUACAGAAAUGUUAGAGUUACCUGUGAAGGAUUUGACAUUGGAACACCUACAAAAACUGAAGGUGUACCAUUUGAUUGAAGGUCGUAAUCAGGAAAUGUUGUUUAAUGAUGAGGAACUAGAGGAACAUCAACCUUUCCCUACACUUGAGAAUGCUUUGGGCACUAUUGAUGGACAUGUUGGAUUCAAUGUUGAAUUAAAGUGGACUAUGGAAAUGCAAGAUGGGACAUUUGAACUUAAUCACCCCUUCGAUAUGAACACUUAUGUUGAUAAGGUCUUGGAAGUUAUUCUGCAGCAUGCGGGAGAUCGUCGCAUUGUAUUUUCUUGUUUUAACCCCGACAUCUGCACUAUGCUAAGAUAUAAACAAAAUAGAUAUCCAGUCAUGUUUCUGACUGUCGGAAUAACAAAGAAAUACGAGCCAUACCGCGAUUCUAGAUGUUCUUCUAUACCUGCUGCUGUGAAAAACGCGAUUAGUACCGACAUAUUGGGGAUUGUGGUACACACUGAAGAUUUACUCAGGGAUCCUUCUCAGGUAAAGAUGGCCAAGGACGCUGGUCUGGUUAUAUUCUGUUGGGGCGAUGAUAACAAUGACAAGAAUACCAUCAAGAUGCUAAAAGACAUGGGGCUGCAUGCCGUCAUCUACGAUAAACUCGACCAAUACAUCACUAAAGAAGUGAAGGAGAGCAUUUUCCUGAUGGAGGCGCGAGAGUCGCAGCAUGAUAUCAUGGACAGGGCUGCGCGUGAAGAAUCGACUUCUCACGUCUCCGAUACUCAGGAACCCGUCGCCGUCGAAUCAGGGAGUCGGCCUUUCCUUGACCUAUCCCGCCGCAAAACUAUACAAGACAUCUCUACUGUCACGUCAUUGGAGUCCCUAGCUUCGUCUAUUGACCUUAGGGAUGAACCUCUUGAGAAAGACGAUAAAAAACUAAAACGUAAUCUAGACAAGGAUGCACAAAAGGAAGCUAACUUAUUCAAUAUUUACUGCCCUAACUAUAGCAGUUCUAAGAAUAAGAAAAGGAAUCGUCAAAAUUAAAAUGAUCUGUCAUUUAAGCAGAUUUUUUUAAUAAAAAAUAGAUGGCGAAUCGAUCACAAUCGUUUCAGAUAUUCCUUUGAAAUAUCUCGUGCCAAAUUCAGGGUUAUAGAGUUUAACAUUAUUUUAAUCAGUAGGUACCUGGUAAAAUUUCAAUUUGCAGGUUAAAUAAUUUUAUUUAGGUUAGUCAAAUUGUUUUCGAACUGUAAGUUUGAAUAAAAAAAGCAAAA